CCAAACUCCAAACAAUAAUAUAGUGCAUCCAUAGAUAAAUUACAAAAUGAAUUGUUUUCAAUUUUGCGGUCGUUUCAUUAUAUGGGGCCUAAUUUUAUGUACCAUAGCUUUUCCAAUAGCAAUGUUUUGUGCAACUGUAUACAUAAUUUUAUACGCUAUCAGUGGAUGCUGUCCUGGAUGCGAAGACUUUACAGAAACUGUCCUGAAGGGUGUACAAUUACCAGGAACAGCCGUUAGGAAACUUGUUAAAUGCGAUUAAGGAUUGUGAAUUUCUUUUUUAUUAUUUAUUGUAUAUGUAUUAAUAUAUAGGUAGUUUUUUGUUUAUGUAAUAAUAAACUUAUGUCCUUGUUUCAAUGAGAUUGAUUCUGCGAUCCUUAGAAUAUUGAAAAUACUUUGAAGUUUUCAACUUCA